CGGUUUCUUCUCCAUUUUACUCAGCCAAAUCCGUGAAGCUCAGCUUCUCUCAUCAAUGGCGAAAUCAGUAGCGACGGCGACUUCCUCCCUCGUGCAAACCCUCAGGCGAUACGUCAAGAAGCCGUGGGAGAUAACCGGACCGUGCGCUCACCCGGAGUACCUCGAAUCCGUUCCGAAGGCGACGGAGUAUAGGAUCCGAUGCCCCGCCACGAUCGAUCAAGAGGCGAUCGUGCCGACGUCGGAUCCCGAGACGGUGUACAACAUCGUGUACCACGGUAGAGAUCAGCGGCGUAACCGUCCGCCGAUCAGGCGAUAUCUGUUGAAGAAGGAGGACGUGGUGGAGAUGAUGAGUGAGAAGAAGACGUUCGAGGAGAGGGACUUCCCUAGGGUUUACUUGACGACCACUGUUGAGGAGGAUGAGAACGCACGUGGCGGAGGCUACGAGUAACAAAAAAAAAAGGUUUUCUUGUAGUCUCUGACUUGCUGAUGGGCGAAGGACUGCGUGUGAUAUUUCUCUACCGACAAAAGAUUUUCCAUGGUUUGCUUUAUUAAUAAGGUUUGUAGUAGCUUAAUGUACUGCAAGACACACUAUUUUUCUUCACAGGAAUUAGAUUGUUGUUCAGACAUUCUCCCUAUCUUUACGCAUAUCUAUGAUGAUGAUAAACUCAUGAUUGUUUCAAGUCUUUAGUUUUAUUAGAAAUGGUUGCUUAUGUAA